AUGAUCGCGAUCGACGAGAGUCGCUCCGAGUUAGUAGUGGGUGUCAUCGAUUGUAUCCGUACAUAUACCUGGGAUAAAAAACUCGAGUCUUGGAUCAAAGACCGUGGAUUCGCUGGUGGAGGCAAGAACCGGCCAACGGUUACCAGUCCGAAAGAAUACAAGAGUCGGUUCAGAGAAGCUAUGGCUCGUUAUGUGCUGCAAGCACCAAGUUGCUGGCAUCAGUUCCAAUCCUCACGAUAUGCCGUCAUGGAUACCCAUGUGCAUAUGAACCAGCACCAUUCCCUGACCGACGGAGACGCCGAAGGAGCUGCCGGACAGAGCUUCUAA